CAAAGCUCUCCAGGCAGGAAUCGGGAGUUCUGCAGUUACUUAGUAAACAAUGAAGGUUCUGUUGCUGAAGGAUCCCAAAGACAAAGAUUCAGGACCAGAUCCAUAUAUUGAAGAAUUAGGUUUAUAUGGAUUUGAAGCAACUUUGAUUCCAGUUUUGUCAUUUGAAUUCAUAUCUCUUGAAAGCUUAUUUGAAAAGCUCUCUCAUCCAGAAUGUUAUGGAGGCCUAGUUUUUACCAGUCCAAGAGCACUAGAAGCCAUCAAGAUAUGUUUAAAAGAGAAUAGUAAAAACGAAGCCUGGUCAAAAUCUCUUAAACAAAGAUGGAACACCAAACCAGCAUACGUGGUAGGAAAAGCUACAGCUUCUCUAGUGGAAGAAAUUGGCCUUACUCCACAAGGAGAAAAGUCUGGAAAUGCUGAAAAAUUAGCUGAAUAUAUUUGCUCAAGAGAGAAACCUAAUUCCUCAGCUCUUCUUUUUCCUUGUGGAGCCCUGAAAAGAGAAGUACUUCCUACAGUGCUUAGAGAAAAAGGUAUACCUCUGGAAAGCCUUACUGUUUAUCAAACAACCCAACACGCUGACCUGCAAGAAUCUUUGAGCAGUUAUUUCUCACAACAGGGAAUUCCAGUGAGCGUCGUGUUCUUCAGUCCAUCUGGUGUCAAAUUUUGCCUCCAGCAUAUUCAGAAGCUUUCGGGGGAUUUUAUCAACCAUAUCAAGUUUGCUGCUAUCGGGCCAACGACUGCAGAAGCCGUGGAAGCAGCAGGAAUCCCGGUUAGCUGUACAGCAGAGAGUCCAACUCCCCAAGGCCUCGCUGCUGGGAUCCGAAAAGCCCUUCACUUACAGAACUGCUGUGUGUCUAAAUAAGGGCACAGCAUGCAUUUGAAGGUGAAUAUGGUGCUGUAGGAGGUUUUUCCAUUUUGCAGACCUGCAAGAAGGUAUUUUUCAGGAAUACGCAGCACUGUCCUUGUCAGGGACUGGUGUGAGAAGCUUGCAUCUCAAUAUCUAAGAAAUCUAGAAUUUGUCCAGCAUCUCUUACAGCAUUUAGCUCUUCCCCUUUUCUCAUGUGUGCAGCGCAAGUAUUUUAUGUGGGCGCUCCCUGAAAACUAGUUGUGAGAGGCUAAUCUGCAUCAGAGUAGUAUAUUGAAAUAAGUUCAAUGAUGUAUCACCUCAGGUAUCUCCUAGCACACAAGGUAAGGUUUUCAUUUCUCUGUAUAAUCACUUUUACAUGCACUUCUUUUGUACAAGAAAAGCAUACUUGCAAUGAAGUAUUUUCUGUUACAAAGCUUACUUGUUCAUUGUUGUGCUUUUCAAGUAUUUAUAUUAAAAUGAUGAUUGUAGCGUCUCAAUGGAAUAGGACAAUUCUUGCAGUGAAGUUGCACUGUAUGGAGCUCGUAGCGGGCCAGCUAUUCCCACUAAAUAUCCUUACGGUACAGGGUCUUAAAAAAAUUAGGUUUUGGUUUCUAUUCCUGUAAUGAAGGAGGAUUUAUUAACAGCGAAAUAAACUGGCU